AUGGCUACCAAACCGGCUCCUCCUGCUUCACCUAAGAAUUACAAGGUGAAAGCCCCCCAACCGGGGACUCCUAUGUAUGGCUGCGAACACCUGCAGCGCCUGUUCAAUCAGGACCAGGCUACCACCAAUACCUCCAUUCAGCACUACAAGUCCAUCCUGCGUACCAUUUUCGACGCGAGCCCCGUACUCUCCCAGACUGCCAAGGGCAUUGAUGGCCAGGCCAUCACCACUCUUACCCCUACCUACCUCUGCCUGCAGUGUCCCUUGACCCUCACAGAAGAGGACCGUACCAAGCAUGGCGCUAAAAAGUCACAUAGAUUCUAUGUUGAGUCCCGUAGCGGUGCUCUCUACUGCCAGAUGUGCGAUGACAUUGUCUGGGAUCCUACCUUCGAAGAGCUCAGAAUUAGAAAAAUGGGCACCGGUACCUUCUCAGCUUCCCGUAAGCGCAAACACGAGGAGAUGUUUGCCAGUUCAGACCCCAUUCGGGACAACCCCUCAUACAUCACCAUGAACACCACAAUGUCCUCGUGCAAGGCCAACGGCUUGCGUGGUAUCUACAACGCUGGUGCCACAUGCUACCAGAACGUCAUCCUCCAAUGCUUCCUUCACAACCCCAUCCUGCGCAACUACUACCUCAGCGACGGCCACCCUAGCAGCAGCUGCGACGUCCCGCAUUGCUUGAGCUGCGCUAUGGAUGACAUCUUCCAGAGCUUCUACGCUGACGAGAGCACGAACGGCUAUACGGCGGCCAACAUCCUCUCCGGCUUCUGGAUCAGCGAGAAGAAGGCGUUUGAGAAUCUCGUCACGACCAAGGAGCAGGAUGCUCACGAAUUCUUCCAGUUCCUCGCCGAGGAGCUCCACGAGCGCAAUGGUGACGGCAAGCGCCCCGAGAUGGGCAGCGAGCACACGUGCAACUGCAUCAUCCACCAGACCUACUAUGGCAAGCUGCAGACCACCACGACCUGCCAGAACUGCCAGGGCGUGACGUCGCAAGUGCAGAGCUUUCUCGAUCUCUCCCUGCCACUCGAAAACCUCGCCCAGCGCAAGAAGAAAGGCACCGCUAAGCCCGGCCCGCUCACGCUCCAGGAGUGUCUUGAGGAGGAGUACAUCAAGCAGGACAAGUGCGAGUACCGCUGUAACAACUGCGGUUCCAUGCAACAGGCGAAGCGUCAGACUUCGAUCCGCCGCCUGCCAAAUGUCCUCUCGAUCCAACUCAAGCGCUUCGAGUACAAGCAAGGCCGCAACGAGCGUGCUGCCAAGAUCGACACCCCCGUGCAGUUCCCCCUGCAGCUCAACAUGCUGCCGUAUACCAGCCGUGCCCGCAACCACGACGUCAGCCAGAACUACGAGCUGCAGCGGUCGUGCACGUACGACCUGCUCAGCGUCGUCGUUCACGUCGGUGAGAUCGACACGGGUCAUUACGUAUCGUACUGCCGCGUCGGCGACCAGUGGUUCGUGUUCAACGAUCACAAGGUCGAGCUGGCGCAGAAGAGUGACGUGCUCAAUUCUAAGGCGUACUUGCUUUUUUAUUGUGUAAGGUCACUGUCUUGA